UACAAACACGCGCGCGCGCACGCCUCCCGCACGCCCGGAAAAGCCAGUGCUUAUCAUUUGAGUGCACUCAGUUCCCCCUCCAGACCACCAGUGUGGUUCAUUCCAGCGCCUCUGUAUCCUCAGUGCGAGGUGUGCUUCUGCUGUCAUCCGCACUGAGCGAGGCGGUUCAAUCACUCCUCUGACAGAGCAGCAAAGUGAAAUACGAUGGAGAGCGAGCAGAGCUGGUCUUGUGCUGGACGCGUAUCUGGCAACGGGAAUGCAUGAGUUGUCUGCAGACGCUGUCGCUGAAUCGUCUUUGGCUGCAGGGCUGUGAGCAGCUACCAUGACGUACCCUAACACCAGCACGCUCACAGUCAACUUCACUGGAGCUUUGGACGGCCAUGACUCCGGAGGAAACAUCUACCGCCCCUUUUCCGUCUUCAGCGUUCUCACUCUCACUUUACUGGCGAUGCUGGUGGUGGCCACCUUCGUGUGGAACUUGCUGGUGCUGGUCACCAUCCUGAGGGUGAGAACGUUUCACCGAGUGCCCCACAACCUGGUGGCUUCGAUGGCCAUCUCAGAUGUGAUGGUGGCUGCUCUGGUCAUGCCCCUAAGCCUAGUCCACGAGCUGAACGGCAGACUGUGGAAACUGGGGCGCGUCCUGUGCCAGGUGUGGAUCUCAUUCGACGUGCUCUGCUGCACAGCCAGCAUCUGGAACGUGACGGCCAUUGCGCUGGACCGCUACUGGUCCAUCACCAGGCACCUGGAGUACACACUCAAGACACGCAAAAAGAUCUCCAAUGUGAUGAUAGCGCUCACUUGGCUGCUGUCCUCUAUCAUCUCCUUGUCACCGCUCUUCGGCUGGGGAGAGACUUACUCAGAGGGGAUGAAGUGCCAGGUGAGCCAGGAGCCUUCCUACACCAUUUUCUCCACCUUUGGGGCAUUUUACCUCCCUCUUUGUGUGGUUCUCUUUGUUUAUUGGAAGAUCUACAAGGCUGCCAAGUUUCGGAUUGGCUCCCGCAAGUCCAACACAAUCACACCCAUGGCUGAGGUAAAGGAGGAGACACAGCAGCCCCAGAUGGUGUUUACUGUGCGCCACGCCACCGUGACCUUCCAGACAGACGGGGACACAUGGCGCGAGCAGAAGGAGAAGAAGGCUGCGCUGAUGGUAGGCAUUCUGAUUGGCGUGUUUGUGCUCUGCUGGAUCCCCUUCUUCAUCACCGAGCUCAUCGUCCCACUGUGUUCCUGCGACAUCCCACCUAUCUGGAAGAGCAUCUUCUUGUGGCUGGGCUACUCCAACUCCUUCUUUAACCCACUUAUAUACACCGCAUUUAAUAAGAACUACAACAAUGCCCUGAGGAACCUCUUUUCCAGGCAGCGAUAAGCCGUUCUGCAAGCUUAGCCGACACGCUACACCAGCAUCUGCUCCACAGUGUUAGCCUACUUCUCAUGACGAAUCUGUGUCGGCUACUCAAUCACUAUCAGAUGGAUGGUAGCCUAACACUGUAUAUAACAGUCACCAUGAUGGGCUGUAGACUAAUGUUUUGAAGCCGGGAGUUCAGUGUUUUGGUGACUGCAAGUUUGGUUUUUGGAAACCAGAGGUGGCAGAAGUGUUGGAUGGGUCUCCUGAACCCCAGGACGCUAUGCAAGCAGUGCCCAAAACCGUACCCAGCAUUAUUGUCUAUUUUUGCUAUAAAUGGGACCACAGUUAUUAAAAUGAACACCAUGCUGCUUUGGAGAGGAUUUGAAAAUAGCACUAGAGACCAAGAACUCAGUAGCAAAAUGUUUACUGAGGCUGUAACUCAAGUGUACAUUGGGUGGGGGUGGGUGGGUUCUCAUGGAGUGCUGUACAGUCUGACUACUUAUCACAACCAGAGAAGUUGUUCGCUGCUGGCCAGUAGGAAAGAUGCAGGUUUAAAGAAUUUAAACACUAUGAGAGCGCAUUUAGACACAGUUCUCACAGCCACGAAUGGCACCAUGGGCCAAAAGUGUCAUCAUCAGUGCUGGCACACCCUUUGGUGUUGUUUCAGCUGUUCGAGUACCUCUGGGUUUUUGUAACCAGGUGCCGCAGCCAGGGUCAAGACACAAAUCAGUGUUUUAGCAGCAUUUUAAUGAUAUAUAAGUACGGAAGCUUGGCGAGUCACAGAUUUUACAGAGGGAGGCUUCUUUGCGUCUGGUUUUGACCUCUCCUCUUAUACCAGCACUGCAGUGGAGGUUCUGUCUGAAGGCCGACACCUGUUGUUCAGGAGAACUAUGCGGCGAGUACUUGUGCCCUCAGCACUUAUAUAAGGGCCCCAUUAUACCUGCCACAUUGGUCACUUUGUGUACUGACAGGAAUCGCACAGCCGCAUCCGUUUAUGCUUGCCGUAUGAUGAUUUUGCGGCAAUGGCAAAACACUAAAGGUUACGGCGAGCAUACUGGCUCCAUAGAUGGUAGGAGCUGUAGCAACAUCACUCUUUUUGUGCAAAGAGACCAAUCUGGCAAGCAUAAAUGAGCCAUAAAAACCCAGAGGUCCCAUCUAUUUUUAUGUAGUCUAUAAUGAUAACCAGAAACUGUGUUUGGAAGAAGAAAAAAGAAAAGUCUUUCAGUUUUUUUGGUCUGUCUAUUAGAGAAAGUAACCUCACAGCUGGACUGAGCUAAUAUGUCUGCAAGAAGGAAAAUAAAUUGCUUGUGCUGCGGCGGCAGCAGCAGGUACGGCACUGUCUACAUGUUAGCUUUCUCCCGUCUCGCUCAUUUCAAGCUUGUUAACGAGAAAUGCAUGUUAACGUGCUUGUCAACAAUUUCAUCAUGUGUGAGCCUGCUGAGAUUAAAAAGUAGAGCUGGAAUAAAAUUUCAGAAAAGUCGGGUAGAGCUGAGCGAGCUGAACUUCAUAAAUGAUAAAUUGAGAACCUGCUGGGGAUUUUGUGCUGUAACACAUCAAAAUACUCAUCGUCAGUAACAUCUCAAGCAAAGGAUUUAAUCUAAUUAUAGAAAAGAUGGGUUGUAGUACACAACCCUCUAGGAAAACUGUUGAAAAACGUCUACCUUUUAGCUAGAUACACGCUGUGGUAUCACAUAAAAUUCAUUCAGACAUGCUUGCUGAUAAAUGUGCAUUCUGUCCUCUAAUGCUGACGAGCUACACACUAAUAUUUCUUGCACUUUGUCUACACACUAGUGAGAGUUUUAUGAAAGCGGAGAAAAAUAGCCACACAAGACAUUAUUUUCAUUUGUUUGAAUAAAUCCUUUGUUGAGGAGCUGCAGCCACAAAUGAUCACAUCUUACUCCUAUUCCAAUAACAGAUGGAUACAAAAGAUCUUUUGACUGUUGUAAAGCUGCUCAAAGCAUUAUCACAAUAAUAGAUUCCAACACGUCAGUCGGAAUUGAAUUGAGCUAUAAAAAUAGAGGCGUUAAACUUGAUUAUACUGUAGUAUGAGGGUUACAGGAGUAAGAAAACCUCGUGUCAAGUGACCAACAUCCCUGAGCAGCUCAAAAAAACCGACACAAAACACAGAGAUGAUAGAGCUGAUUUAAUAGUGUUUUCCAUUUUUAGGUCUUUUUGUAUGACUCCCCUGUUUUCCUGCACAAAUUACUUUCUACAUAAUCAUUCCCCACUGUGGAAUCGGUUAAUGAACCUUUACUUUUUGUGAAAUAGACUGUGUUGUGAGGAAUCACAUAUGAGAAAUGGAUUUUCGAUAAAAAAAUAAAAUGCCCUACAGUAUUAUGCAAAUUCUUCAGCUGCCCCACAUUUUUUUAAAUAAUUUGUUAGGAAAUGUCAGAAAUAGGUGCAGUGAAUUAUUGAGAUGUGCAAACAUUAAUGCAAAAUCUGAGUUUGGACAAUUCUAAUGAUCUUGAAAGUCAAUAUUUGGUUUGAACGCCUUUCUUCAGCACAACCUGAACUCUCUUGGGAAACUUUUCAUUUCUUCAGGAAUAGUUUUCCAGGUUUCCUGAAAACUCUUUUUUGGAUGUUGGCUGCCUUGUCUUCUAUUUUUUCUCAAGAUGAUCCAAAGCUGCUUCAGUAAUGCUGAGGUCCGGGCUCUGGGGAGAUCGAUCAAUGACCAGAGGAACACUGAUCAAUGAUCAGUGUUCCUCUUUGUGUUUUUCUGUUCAGGUUUUACUGCACUGCCGGUGUGUUUCAGUUCAAUUUAAUUGUAUUUCUGUAUCCAAUCACAACAACAGUUGCUUCAAAGAGCUUUAAUGUUUGGGAUCAUUGUCGUGCUGAAAGAAGAAGCCAGACAUUGUCCAGAUAAUAUGGCUCAAAAUAUUUUCUGUUUUCAUAAUUCUAUCAAUUUUGUCGGGAUCAACAACAAGACUGACUGAAGUGAAGCACUAAGCCACGACAGCUCCUCCACAGUUUUACAGAUGGCUGUAGAUGCUCGACGUUGUACCUUUCUCCUGACCUCUGAAGACAAUUUGAACCAAAAAUUUCAAAUCUGAAUCAUUACUAAGACCUGCUGCCACUGAUUUUCAGUCCAGUUCUGGUGCAAUAUGGCAGACCUGAACCUUUUCCCUCUGUUUCCCUUCCUUAAGAAUGGCUUCUUGUUAGCCACUCUUCCACUGAGAUCAUUUCAGUGAACAGUAGAUGGAUUCACUGAAGGGCCAGAUGCAUCUCUCAGGUCCUGUGUCAGGUCUUUGCUGGAUGUGUUCCUUAUUUCUUAACAGCAUGACUUUAACAUACCGUCCAUCUGUUUUCGAUAGUUUUUUUAAGGCCUGACACUUAGUCCUCCACUUUGUCAGUUUCCUCAAAUUUUUUAAGGACACAAAGCACACUGUAUAUACACCAAUAUACGCCAAGGUUUCAGCUGAGAAUCACAUCAUUGGUGCAAAAAUACUAUUUUCUACCUGUCAGACUGUUAUUUUGGGCAUAAAUCAUGGAUUCAGCAAAAGAAGUGGAAACAUGAUUGACAGUUUUUGCAACAGGCUGCUAGUAACAAAGUGCCUAAAGACACCUUUUAAAUUUGGUUCUUUGCUAAGUCGUCUGUUAUCUGUAGAUACAACACUGGUUCUUCCCUUGAGCUAGGUGCCUUUUUUAUGCUUGAAUUAUUCAUAGGUCAGUGUUCAGUGGCUUGAUGAAAAGCAAACAAACAAAACACAUUCUUCUGAAAAUUCCACUGGACUGAACUGAACAUGAGUGAAAAAACAGCCAAUGGCCAAAGAAAAAACUUUGAAAGAUCUUCAGAUAGCCUGGAGAACUAUCUCAGUUAUUCUCAAGACCACUUUAAGAAACUGCAGCAACGUCUAUCUCCUUAGAAGCAAAAUAUAAAGAAAUAAGGGUGGCUGAAGACUUUUGCACAGUACUGGAGAACAUCUUUAAGGUUUCUUGCACCAUUGCCAUGAAAUGUUCUCUUUUUUCCCACGUUUAAUCUGAUGUGGUAAGAUGAUAAAGUGCAAAAAAACCCCCAGCUGACAAUAUUCUGUGAUGAAUAAAGAAAAUGCAUGAAGAAAAAUGCUGAUUGUUAUUACAUUCGUUGUGAUAUUCUCUGGUAAAUAUCAUCCUUUGGGAUUCUUUCAUUGAUUAACUUCGUGCUAAUCAAUAAAAUCUCUAGAUUCUUCACCCCUCUUUUUUCUUUUCUUUUUUUUUGUGUGUGUUAUGACCCAGCUCAGGAAAUGCAAAGUGGCCCUGUUUACCAUCUGUUCCGUGUGUCCUAUUCAGAAAAAGAAUUAAAAAACCAAACCAU